UUAGGCUAAAUGGAAAACUGUUUCAACAAACCUGCGUCAGUUGAAAUUUGUGUUUCAAACGCGCCACACACUAAUUUGCAUUUCACAUUCAAAUCCAAUAAAACACAAUGGCUCCACGCAACAAGGAACAGGAACAGGAAGUGCUCAACUGGGUGUUCGCCGUCAUCGGUGAGAAGGUGCCCAGCGGCCAGUACGAGGACAUCCUCAAGGACGGCAUCUGGCUGUGCAAGCUGGCCAACAAGCUGGCCCCCGGUUCGGUGAAGAAGAUCCAGGAGCGUGGCACCAACUUCCAGCUGAUGGAGAACAUCCAGCGCUUCCAGGCGGCGGUCAAGAAGUACGGCGUGCCCGAGGAGGAAAUCUUCCAGACGGCCGAUCUCUUCGAGCGCCGCAACAUCCCCCAGGUCACCCUCUCCCUCUACGCCCUUGGACGCAUCACGCAAAAGCACCCCGAGUUCACCGGCCCCGCCCUGGGACCCAAGAUGGCCGACAAGAACGAGCGUACCUUCACCGAGGAGCAGCUGCGCGCCCACGAGGGUGAGCUCAACCUGCAGAUGGGCUUCAACAAGGGCGCCUCCCAGGCCGGACACGGUGGCUUCAGCAACACCCGUCACAUGUAAGACGGUGGAAUCUUAUACCAACCACCAACCCAGCCGAAAUCCAAAAGGAAAACACAACAACACUCUCAACACCACACACAAACAAACACCGGAAUCUAAUUAGUUCAAACAAAAAAUGGAUUUUGUAUCUCGUGCGUUCUGGCGUAUGAUUUAAGCAGUGCCAAGCUCUAAAUGUAAUUUAUAUAAUAUGAAACAAAUAAAUUAAUUAAUUUUAAUAUAAA